AUGUUGUCGCUGGCUCGCACCUCGCAAGCCAGAGCCGCAGCCACGGCAAACGCUCAAGCCAGAGCCGUGGCUUGUCGCGGCGUGGGAACUCAAGCCCCGUGGAAACACCAACGAGGCGAAAGUCAAAAGCACAGACAAAGACAGCCACACAGAGAUUCUGCUAUAGAGACUGAAGAGACUCGCUACAAGCCGCAGUCGAGAAAAAUCCAGGCCAAGGAAGCAGCUGCUUUAGGCGGUCCGCAACACCAGACUGCGACUUCGGCUUCGCGAUACUGGCCCAAGCUGGACACGCCGAAACAUGCCAAGCGGUUUACGUAUCAUGACUUGGACGGCCCCAAGGAGAAUGGCCCGGUGAAGAUUGCGUGGACGGACAAGUUUCUUUUUGUGGAGGAUCCGGCGACGGAGAAUGGAAGGAGGACGCUGAAGCCGGCGACGCUGCGGGAUAGUUGCGCCUGUCCGAAAUGCAGAGAUGUUUCGUCUGGACAGAAGACGUUUUCGUCGGUGGAGAUUCCUGUGGAUGUUGGGUUGGAGCAUGUUAAGCCGACGAAGAAGGGCUUAGAGAUUACGUUUCUCAAUGAUAUUCCGCGAUUUGUGGAGGAUGGAAAGGAUAAGCAUGUCAUGCUUCUGCCGUGGGAAUCAGUCGAUCUGUCGCUCAAGCGCAAGGGCAUGGAGGAUGUGCGUCUGCCUCGCAAACGAUCUGUUCUGCGCCGCACGGGGGUUGUCUACUGGGAUCGCGAGAUUAUCGCCCAGCAGGUGCGGAGGAUUGACUACGCCGAGUUCAUGAAGGAGGACAGCGAGGCCUUUUGGGACGUCAUUAUUGACAUUUGCCGCUUUGGCCUUGUGUAUUUGAAAAACGUGCCGCGAGACGAAGAGUCUGUUGUGCGCAUCACGACGCGCAUUGCGAAUAUCCGCGAGACCUUUUACGGCCGCACGUUUGACGUCCGCGCAAAGCCCAAUGCCGAGAACGUCGCGUACACGAGCGGCUAUCUGGGCCUGCACCAGGACCUGCUAUAUCUCGACCCGCCGCCGAUGAUCCAGGUUCUUCACUGCAUGGAUAAUUCCUGCGCGGGCGGCGAAUCGCUCUUUAGCGACGGCGAGCGCGUCGGGCGUCUCCUCUGGCCCUUCAUCACGAGACAUCGCAUGGCGCCGCUGGCCGAGCACCACGUGCCCUACCAGUACGGCAAACACGGCUAUCACUACUUUAGUUCUCGCUACGUGCUGGACGGCAACGCGUCGGGCUUCUCAAGCGUGUACUGGUCGCCGCCGUUUCAGGGGCGGUACCUCAGCCCCGUCAAGGACAUCCGGCAGUGGCUCGAGCCGGCGCGGAUUUUUGCCUCGCUGAUUAACGACAAGGAUGCGAUUCACGAGCAUAAGAUGGAGGCCGGUGAUUGUGUGCUGUUUGAUAACCUGCGGGUGCUGCAUGGGCGGAAUGCGUUUGAUGUGGAUGGGGGGCAAGGUGCGAGGUGGCUGAGGGGGGCGUAUAUUGCUGCGGAAGACUUUUUGUCGAGGGCGGCGCAUAUUCCGAAGGGAUUGGCGGAGAAGUAUCGUGGUGAGGAAGCAUGGACGCCGGGGUUGGCGCAGAAUAGGCUGAAGAGGAGUGUGUGGUAUGAGGAUGUUGUGAGGAGGGUGAGGGAGCUGGAUCCUGGUGUGGAGGCGUGA